GAAGAGAAAGGCAGUUUAGGCGGUGGGGUGGAGGCGUGGCAGCCGCGACUCGUGUCUCAGUGAGGCUGUCGGCGCCGCUGCGCCCACUGUCUCUACGAAGUGUCCCUGCCAACUAAGAAAGCAGAGACAGGAGCUCGCAGCUCGCCCCGAGGAAGGGAAGGAGGGGCGGCCACUCCACCUCCUGCACCUCGGGUGUCGGUGGGUGUCCGAGAGGGCGAGGAGGCAGCGCCCGGGGGAGAGGGGCCCUGCUGAAACCAGGCCCGCCGUCCCGGGGCCACUCUCCGCCUCAUGCCCCGCUCUCGUUAAAGUUUUUUGCCACCAUUGCUCCUCCCCUUCCCCUGCUCCUCUCCCUUCGUGGCGGUCAGGCACUGGUUAAGACGAUGCUGCCCUUAAGAGAGAGCCCAGGAGAACGAAGUAAUGGACGAACACAAAACAUGGGGAGAGACGCCGCCCGCCGGGAGCCAGGCCCUCCGUACCGUCGGAGAGCUGCGCAGGUCGCUCCGCCCCGUCAGGGUGAGGCCAGCGGUGACACUGGGAAUGCGUCAGGCGGCACCAGCCGGCAGGAGAAAAGGGAGCCGGGAGGAGAAAAGGGAGUCGGGAGCCUCGGCCGCGGCCGUACAGGUGGAAGCGGCCUCGGCCACAGCCCAGCGCUGGAGCCUCUCGGCCCGGGGCCGCCGGGACCGCGGGCCGGGCGAUGCCAUGGGCGAGGCGCUCCCGCGGGCCGGGAUCGCCGCCAGCCUCGGGCAGCGGGGGCGGCCGAGCGGCGGCUGCGGAGCCGUGCGGGGCUCGGCGGGCCGGGCCAUGACGGGGCCGAUGAGCUGGGCAACGCCGCCGCCCGCGGGGAGCUGCUGGACGGAGCGGCGGACCCCAACGCCGUCAACUCCUACGGCAGGACCCCCAUCCAGGUGAUGAUGCUGGGCAGCCCGCGGGUGGCCGAGCUGCUGCUGCGGCGCGGAGCGGACCCGAACCGCCCGGACCCGCGCACCGGCUGCCGCCCGGCGCACGACGCGGCCCGCGCCGGGUUCCUGGAGACGCUGGCGGCGCUGCACCGGGCCGGGGCUCGCCUCGACCUCCCGGACGGCCGCGGCCGCCUGCCCCUCGACGUGGCGGCGGGGGGCCCGCACGGAGCCGUGGCGCGGUACCUCCGCCACCCGCCGCCCCUCCCGGGAGCCGCGGCGGCCGCCGAGAAGGCUGAGCGCUGAGCCCCGCCGCCGAACCGCCCAGCCUUGUGCCCUCGCCCCCUGCAGCCACCUCCCUGUCCGCCAGUGUCCCCGCCGAGUCACCAGCGAGACAUCGCGGCUGGCGGCGCUCCUGAUGUCCGACUGCUGCUCAAAGUCCUUUCUCCCGGUAUCUCCAGGGCUCCUGCCGCGCACCCCGCCUUCCGCUUCUGGGCGAAGACACGCGCUGAGAUUUUGUCAUUGCCUGAGAAAAAGAUGAAAAAUAUUCCAAAACACAAUCAAGACUAGCUCUCCUGCUUCUCCCUCUCCGGCGGGCAGAGCACAAGCAACAGACGGUUCUUUUAUGCUCUAGGGGGGAAAAAUUUUAAAUAUUCGUCUUUCUAACCCCCAUUUUUUUUUACAAUAAAGCUUCUUAGAGAAUUGAGAACGCUGUUUCCCUUACUGACUUGCUUAUUACCCUGCCCGGCUUCGUAUUUUAGUUUUUCCUUGAGAUCCUUUUAUGUUCUCAGCUCGGAAAUAGUGAUCAUUUAAGCCAUAUCAUUAAAACAUUUAAUUAAUCCCCAAAUCUUCUCCCCUCACCGGCCACUCAACAUACAGUUUUAACACCGAGAUAAAACAGUGAUUGAAUGGUAAACAUUUUUACUCUGAUCAGCGUUACAGUUUGUGAACCACGUUUUGUUGUCUUCACAGAAAUUCGUCUGAGAAAACAAUUGGCAAUCAAUUAGUUACUACAUCGUUUUUUGAAUUUGGAGACCCCAUUUGCUCAGAAGAUUUGGACAAUGAGCUUCUUAUUUUUCAGACAGCUAUCCGGGUGUCUAAACGAGAUAUUUGGAAACAACAACAAAUGUCCGAGUUUGGUUAUAAAUCUGUAUCUUUACGUACUUUUUUGGUUUUUGUUUUCUGUUUUUCCUAUGUAAUUUCUAUCAUCUACCCGAUGCUCUUACCACUUACAUGUAAUGAAAUAUCUGCUAUUAUUCCAUAAUAAAGCACGAAAAACAUUGGCUUAAAAAUAAUUUACUCUUUAAUGGUUCUGUAUACAGCACCACUUAGUUGGGUGGUGUUAUUUAUUUCAACU